GGUUAACAAAAUGCCACGUCAUCACAGCUGCGAACCUACGUGUCACCUAUCAAACAACACCUUUUCAAGUCGACUCUGUGUCUCGUCUUCUUUCUACAAAAAUCCAACACUAUGACCGUUUUCCUCUCACUUUCUCUCCCCUUGAGAAGUCUCACUUUCCCACAAAAACCCACCUCGAAUCUCUUCUUUUCUACUCAAUUUCGUCUCUCUUAUCAGUCCCAAAGCAUGAGUUCUGCUUCGCAAUCUGAACCCAAAUUGGGUUCCAAGGUAACCUUUCAGGUGCCGGGGUUAGACUCCAGUGAAAUCGAUCGUAUUGCCGAUGCAACAUUUCAGAGGUACUCUUCUCCAAAGUUGCAGAGAAACGGUUCUGGGGUUUCCAUUGUCUGGUUUAGGAAUGAUUUGAGGAUACUGGACAAUGAGGCCUUGUAUCGAGCUUGGGCUUCCUCAGAGGCUGUCUUGCCGGUAUAUUGCGUCGACCCUCGGCUCUUCGGAACAACCCAUUACUUUGGAUUCCCUAAAACUGGAGCUUUCAGAGCACAGUUUUUGAUAGAGUGCUUGGCUGACUUGAAAAAGAAUCUGAUGAAACACGGUUUGAACUUGCUCAUACAGCAUGGAAAACCUGAGGAUAUUCUUCCUUCAGUUGCAAAAGCUUUUGGAGCCCACACAGUUUAUGCCCAUAAAGAAACUUGCAGUGAAGAGUUAAAUGUUGAGAGACUUGUGAGCAAAGGUCUACAACGUAUGGAGUUACCAGGAGUAUCUGGCAAUCAAAAUGCCAAAAACCCAAAGUUGCAACUCAUAUGGGGGAGUACUAUGUACCAUAUUAGUGAUCUCCCAUUUAACCCAGACAGUUUACCAGAUGUAUAUACCCAAUUUCGUAAGUCUGUUGAAUCCAAGAGUACAAUUCGAGGUUGCUACAAGCUUCCAACAAUGCUUGGACCACUUCCAAGUGGCAGCUUGGAUGAAUUUGGUGGAUGGGGAUCUAUCCCCUCAAUUCAUGAGCUUGGACUCCAUCAGGGAAAGAGAGAAAAAGGAAUGUAUUUCAUUGGUGGUGAAAGUGCAGCAAUGGGAAGAGUGAUUGAAUACUUCUGGAAAAAGGAUUUGUUAAGGGUUUACAAAGAGAUAAGAAAUGGAAUGUUAGGACCUGAUUACUCAACAAAGUUCUCCCCAUGGCUUGCUUUUGGAUGUUUAUCUCCACGUUUUGUACAUGAAGAGGUAAAGAGAUUUGAAAAGGAGAGGGAAGCAAAUAACUCAACAUACUGGGUUCUAUUUGAAUUGAUCUGGAGAGAUUAUUUCAGGUUCCUAUCUAUCAAAUAUGGAAAUUCUAUUUUUCAUUUAGGUGGCCCAAGAAAUGUGGCAUCUAAGUGGAGCCAAGAUCAGAACUUGUUUGAAGCCUGGAAAGAAGGCCGCACAGGUUACCCUCUGAUAGAUGCAAAUAUGAAAGAACUAACGACCACUGGUUUCAUGUCAAAUCGAGGAAGACAGAUUGUUUGUUCUUUCCUUGUCCGGGACAUGGGCAUUGACUGGCGUAUGGGAGCUGAAUGGUUUGAGACUUACCUCUUAGAUUAUGAUCCAUGUUCAAAUUAUGGAAAUUGGACCUAUGGUGCAGGUGUAGGAAAUGACCCAAGAGAGGACCGCUACUUCAGUAUUCCAAAGCAAGCACAAACUUAUGACCCUGAAGGUGAAUACGUUGCCUUUUGGUUACCAGAGCUACAAGCACUCCGGAACGACAAGAGAAACUUUCCUGGCAAAGCAUACCUGCAACAAAUUGUACCUCUGAAAUUUGGUAGCACCAAUUUCAAAUCCGGUCAUCCUCGUUUUAAAUCAGUAAGACAGAAUAAAGAGUACAGGAGAUGAUGUAUCCCAUUGUAACUUCAAGUUGAAUUUAAGUCCAUCCUUGUCUUUCCUUUUUUUUUUUCUUCAUGGGAUAAUAUUGUAUUAGUUUUCAUUGAUCUUUAUAGGAUAAUUUAAUUUUUACCAAGUAUUUUGUAUCAAUAUUGCAAGCUUGUAACAUAACAAUUUCUUUCACCUAACCCCAGGCCAGAGGAACCAAACAGUUGAUGAGCCAAGAAGUUGGAUUCCUGUGCGUGUGUGUCAGUGUGUGUGCGUGAGAGAGAGAGAGAGAGAGACCAACAUAGAAAGAGAAACGAAGAAUGAAUUCCACAGUAGGAAACAGAACGAAACCUAACAAUAAGAUGCACCAAUCUGAGCCCAAAAUCCAAAAAUUUUAUUUGGCAAGCCUUUGCAUCUCAACCAGAUGCAUUUCUUUGUUUUAUGUAUACGGAGAACCUACCAGCCAGAGACAGCCUUAUGUACAAGACGCCCAAGACCGAAACCAACUCCAUGGUGCAAUAAAGGACACUUUAACUUAAAAUGAACUCUGUA